UCCCUAUUGCCUCGUCAAGUCGCAAAUGGGGCGCACCCAGCUUCAGCAACUUACCGCAUGCGUGUUGCAUGCCGCCUGCUGUUCAGAGUUCUUUAGCAUGCGUGGAGUAUAUUUGGGAAAAGCUUUUUAUUAAGGGGCAAAAUUUAUUGUAAAGAGUAACGAGCGUUAUUUAUCAGUAUGGGAGGUCAGGCUAAGAACAAGAAGAAAAAUAAACCCAAGAGGAAGGACAACCGUCAAAACAGGGAUGGAGGAUUUGUUGAUUUGUCACCUCAAGAAAGGAUGAAAGUAAGAAUGCACGAGAAAGCCAAGAAGAAGACAGCUGAAAAGUACUCAGUACAGCAACUACUAGAUAAGACUCAGGAGUACAUGGACAGUUUUGACUUUGACAUGGCCAAAGCUUUCUGUCAGAGAGCUUUGGAUGUGGACUCCAACAACCUACAAGCUCUUGACAUGCUGGGACACAUUUGCUCUGAAUUAGGAGACAUGCAGAAAGCUAAAUCAGUGUUUCUCCGUGCAAUAGACCUGAGCCCGGAUGUUGGUCAUAGCAAAUACAUGUAUCUGGGACAAAUUCACUCCGGCCAGGAGGCUGUGGACUACUACACAAGAGGAACACAAGUUCUUCUAUCAGUUCUAGAGAAGCAGGAAACAGAGGCUGGAGCCGCUGGAACAACGGAUGAGAACGACGAGGUCCCUUCAAGGAAGGAUGUCAGCGUGGCCUACUGCUCCCUGGCGGAGAUCUACUUAACAGACCUCUGCAUGGAGGAGGGAGCUGCAGACAAGUGCCGAGAGUUCAUUGAAAAAGCUUUACAGUAUCACCAUGACAACCCGGAGGCUCUCCAGCUUAUGGCCAGUUACCUGUUUAGUACAGAGAGAAACCAGGAAGGGAAGGAAUACCUGUUGAAAAGUGUUGGGAUGUGGUUACCUGCGCAGAAGCAAAGUGCAGCUUCCUCCACGACAGAAGAAGAAACACAGAAUGAAAUCCCUCCGUACGAGUCUCGCAUCACCACAGCCAAACUGCUUAUCGAGUCAGAGGAGUAUGAGAUGGCGGUAGAUGUAUUGGAGGGUCUUCUGGAAGAAGAUGAUGAAGUUGUUCAGGUUUGGUAUCUGUCCGGCUGGGUGUGCUACCUCCAGUGGGAAAAAGCAAAACAACACCAAGAAAGAGAAGAAAGUGAGGCAUUGGAGGAGAAUGAGGAGUGGAAGACUUUACAGGAUGCUGCAAGGUCAUAUUUGACUAAUGCUAAAAAGCUGUACAGUAAGCUGCGAUGCGACGACCAGCCGAUGCUGGAUCAUGCAGAACAGCUGCUGGGCGAACUGGGAGGAGAAAUCGAGGAAGAAGACGAAGACCCAGCUGUGGACGACGACUACGAACCUUGCAGUGACAAUGAAGAGGAAGUAGAGGCCCCAAUGGAGCACUGACUGCACCCCAUCAUGUUUUCCUUGAGUUUUUGUGCUCUCUUCAAAGUGCCUUUUUGUACUGGCUUUUCAAAGAUUAAAUUGAUUUGCACAAACAGAGCGGUAUUAAAAAUCUACUCAAUCUCUUUCAGUUAAGUUGCUAAAUGCUUUUGUCGAAAUAAGUGCAUACUUGAGUAAUGCUUCCCCUAAUCUUCUUGACAGAUGCCAAUGAAAGAAAUUAGUUUUUAGAGGUUUAAUUCUCAUCAGCAGCCCUUGAAUGCUUUACCUUCACUGCACACCCACACAGUUUUGUACGAGCGGGAAUGUAACGCACGUACACAAAACAAAAGCACAAAAGAAGCAUGUUAAUUACUCUAUCCUUUUUUCCUCAGCACAACAAGCAGAACUGCUUUUCCCUCUAAGCAUUGUCAGAGAAACCCAGUUAUUAACACUUCAUGCUAUUUUUACAUGCGCUGUGAUUUUAAUGCCUAGUGUUUAUGUAAAUGCUUGAUUUUUUAUGGUAUUCAUUAUGCUUCAUGUGUCUCUUUUUUUUUUUUUUUCAUAUUUGGGGGGUUAAACUCAGAGACUUAAGACAAUAGAGUGAAUCUGACAUUAACUCAUGCAGAGUACUUCUCUCGCUCGCUCUGUUGCCGCUCGAGUGUUCAAAGUGACUUGCAUAACCGAGAAACGAGCAACUGACUUUUUAACACAAGUCUUCACAUAACGUCCUUUUAAUAGUCCCACAGUGUUAAGGACAUAAAAGCCUGGGUCUGUGCAUUGUGGCAUACAAUUAUUUCCUACAAUGUAUGAAAUAUGUAGUGCAGCACCAUGUAAAGGCUUAGUUCUAUAAAUACGUUUGCUGUUUGUGGCCAAAGGUGUUUGAGAAUGUCUUUGGCCCCAGCAGCUCUAAAGCAAGUAUUGACUGUGUACCAAUUUACUCUUUCAGCACAGAGAAAUUAGUCUGAAAUGUUUUCAAAUCUCUACUAUAAGCUGUACAGCCACUUCUGGCUUCAAAUCUAAAAGAUAAAUGAGAACAAUUGCCUUUGCUCUAUUUAGACCUAAAAUAUAUUGACUACACAAUUUAAUUAGUAUCUGUUUAAACUCAAAUUUAACAAGACUAGAUUAGAUUUUGAUACAAUUCUUGUCUUGACUAUUUUGUACUUAUAAUGCAAUUCUGGUGCAAGAAAGCAUUUCCAAACAAUGCAUUCAACGUUUGAAGUUAUGAUGUGACAAACGGAAUGGAGAAACAUUUCUUAGGCGCUGUGUGUAUUUGGUCACUGGACUUCAGAAUGCUAAAAGAACAGUCACAUAUUAUGUAAGGUAACAUGAGACACUGCUCACAAAAACCUGUUAAAAGGCUAUGAAAGCAGAUUCAUAAAAGUAUUAAAAUGCAAACUAUAAAAUGUGUCAAGAUUGAUGAAAAUGAUCCA